AUGAUCCGUCACCACGCUUUCUUAGUUUUCUCUAUUCUCCUUUCCGCCGCCGUAUACGGAGAAGCAGCAACGGCGGCGUACGAUCCCACAGAAGUCUUUCUCUUCAACUGCGGCGAAACCUCCAACAAGACGGACGACAGUAACCGGAACUGGACGGUGGAUCAACGUGAACUCCCGCCGUCGAAUUCAGUCAACGCGUCCUUCUCUUCAACUGCAUCACGUCAAGAACCAGGCGUUCCUCAGGUGCCUUACAUGACGGCUAGAAUUUUCCGAUCUGAUUUCACUUACAGUUUUCCAGUCUCUCCGGGAUGGAAAUUCGUCCGGUUGUACUUCUAUCCGACCCGCUACGGAUCCGAUUUCGACGCCGUUAAUUCAUUCUUCUCCGUCAACGUCAACGGUCUCACUCUCUUGAAAAACUUCAGCGCCGAUUUAACGGUAAAAGCUUCUAACAGCGCUUUCCUAAUCAGAGAGUUUAUCGUUCCCGUUAACCUGAAUUUGAAUCUCACUUUUACGCCGUCUCCGAAAUCGUUAGCUUUCGUUAACGGAAUCGAGAUUGUCUCCAUGCCUGAUCGGUUUUACUCUAAGGGAGGAUUUGACGACGUGAUAUCUAACGUCGCUAGCUCCAUUAACUUCGUGAUAGACAAUUCGACGGCAUUCGAAACGGUUUACCGGAUAAACGUCGCCGGACAAGCGAUCAGUGACUCCGGCGACACGGGAAUGUUCCGGCAGUGGCUUUCCGAUGAUAAUUUACUCGGUAUAAACUCUGGGAUCGAGCCGUACGUUCCGGAUGUAAAGAUCAACUACACGGAGAAAACUCCGGCGUAUGUCGCGCCGGAAGAUGUGUACACGACGUACCGUACAAUGGGAAACGCCGAGAACCCAAAGCUAAACCUGAAUUUCAAUCUCACGUGGCUUUUCACCGUCGACGCUGGGUUUAACUACCUCGUUAGGCUUCAUUUCUGCGAGACUCUACCGGAAGUGACCUUACCUGGAGAGAGAGUCUUCACCAUCUUCAUCGGAAAUCAGGUUGCAAAGCUUGACAUGGAUGUGAUUCAGUUAAGCGGCGGCUCUCAGAUUCCGAUGUAUCUAGACUUCAGUGUAUACGUUGAUUCCACUAAUCUACGACUUGAUUUGCAUCCUUUGGAGGACAUUACUCCAAAGUUUUACGACGCUAUUCUCAACGGUGUAGAGAUUCUCAAACAGAGUGACGCCGAGGGAAAUCUCGCCGGACCUAAUCCAGAUCCUCUGCCGUCGACGCCGAACUCUGUAACGCCGGCUAUACGAAAACGCAAAGCCAAGUCUAAUGUUUUGGUGAUAGCUUUAGCAAUAGUUGGCUCUGCAAUUGUGUUAGCGAUGUUUGUUAUUGUUAUCAUCUUGAGGAGGAAGAAGAAGAAUAAGAAGGAUGAGUUUAGUGUACAUACAACGAGCAACAAGCCUAAGGACUCGUGGACUCUUCUUAGUGGCUCCUCGCAUGCCAGCUCAGCCACAUCACUCCCGUCGGAUCUCUGCCGUCGAUUCUCAAUCUCCGAAAUCAAAUCCGCGACGAACAACUUCGAGGAGAAGCUAAUCGUCGGAGUAGGAGGGUUCGGUUCCGUCUACAAAGGACGAAUCGACGGCGGAGCCACGAUCGUGGCGGUUAAACGGCUAGAGAUCUCGUCGAACCAAGGCGCGAAAGAGUUCGAAACAGAGCUCGAAAUGCUCUCGGUGCUCCGUCACAAGCAUCUCGUCUCUCUGAUCGGAUACUGCGACGAGGAGAACGAGAUGGUGCUCGUCUACGAGUAUAUGCCACGUGGCACCGUGAAAGACCAUCUAUACAAGAGGAACAACAAAGUCUCUGAUCCUCCGCUUUCGUGGAAACGGAGGCUGGAGAUUUGCGUCGGAGCGGCGCGUGGGCUACAGUAUCUACACACAGGCGCGAAGGAGAUGAUCAUACAUCGAGACAUCAAAACGACGAACAUUCUUCUCGAUGAGAGCUACGUGGCGAAAGUCUCCGACUUUGGUUUAUCGAAAGUUGGUCUUGUUAGCGCCUCUCAGACGCACGUCUCCACCGUCGUUAAAGGGACGUUCGGUUACUUGGACCCUGAGUACUACCGCCGUCAGAUCUUGACGGAAAAAUCCGACGUGUACUCGUUUGGAGUUGUUUUGUUCGAGGUUCUGUGUUGUAGACCGGUCAAACUCCAAAACGUUCCGUUAGAAGAAGCGGAUUUGAUCCGUUGGGUGAAGUCGAAUUACAAGAAGGGAACCGUUGAUCGGAUCGUUGAUAAAGAUCUAACGGAUGAUAUUACUUCGGUGUCGUUGGAGAAGUUCUGUGAGAUCGCUGUGAGAUGUGUUCAAGACCGUGGUGUUGAGAGACCGUCGAUGAACGACGUCGUUUGCGUGCUUGAGUUUGCGCUUCAGCUUCACGAGACUGCUGCAAAGAAGAAGAAUGACGUGGAUUGUUCUGUGGAUCUGCGGACACGUGGCGAGGUUGGUACGACGACGGACGGAGAGGAUGAUUUGUUUAGUAGAACUACGGGACACGUGUCGAAAUCUAGUACGACGACCGAUGAUGACUCGGCUCGUCUUGUGAGUGGUUCGAGUUGGGGAGCGUUUUCGGAGAUCAAAGAGCCUAAAGCACGGUAG